GAAGUUAGCGGAAGUUGCUCAUGGAAUUCACGGUCUGUUAUGGAAGAAAAGGGGGUUCAUAGUUCUGUCAACAGCCGCUCCAGGAAUGACGGCCAUAUAGAAAUUAAUGUAUUUCCACAAUAAGGGAAGGAGUAAUCAGGUGUCACCGCAUUCGUGGCUGUCUGAAGGAUUCAGAGAUCAUGUCAGCAGUCAAGCUCGCCCUGCAACUGAGCCAAAAGAAUGGCAGAAAAAGGUCCUCCGAAACAAAAUCUGCAGAGGUGUCACCCGACUCCAAGUGCCCCAUCUGCUUGGACACGUUCAACAACAUUUCCCGCCUUGACCGCUGCCUGCACAGAUUCUGCUUCCGCUGCAUUCUCGAGUGGUCCAAGAACAAAGCAGAGUGUCCGCUGUGUAAACAGCAGUUUAAUUCAAUUUACCACAGUAUAAAAUCAGAGCAAGACUUCAAGACGUAUGACCUGCAGCCAGUGGACAAUGGCUCUUUUGGUUAUUUUCAGGGAGUGCGGUUUAGAUACCGCACAACUCUCACCGCAGCCCAUCGACAGAUGAGAGGAAGAAUGUCUCUGGCUCCUGACAUUGGUAUAAUAUCUGAAGGCCCAACAAAUUCUUCCCAACAGCGGCCAGACCGCUACAUGCGGCGCAUGAUGAUGAGGCUGGCAGCCCAAAGGAGAGCUGCAAGGGAAGGCGGGGCGGUGGCCAGUGUCCGAGAGCAAGAAAUGAUCAACUUUAGACGGGAGCUAUAUCGACAGGGGGUGAGGGUUCGAAAUGUUCAGGAUGGUGGCCGCUCCCGAGACACCUCAGCUGAGUUUUACCGAAGAAAUCCAGCCUGCCUUCACAGACUGAUCCCCUGGUUGAAAAGAGAGCUGAAUGUGCUAUAUGGAACCCAUGGCUCUUUGGGCAACAUGGUUCAACACAUUAUCAUGUCACACAUUACACGUUAUAACAUGGAAGAUGGAGCUAUUCAGGAAGAGCUCAGGCACUACCUCCACAGUCACACAGAGCAUUUUAUGCACGAGUUCAUUAGCUUCGCAAAGUCCCCCUUCAACAUGGAGGCAUAUGAUCAGCACGCUGUCUACGACUGUCCGGCGCCUUCCUCAAAUGAAGACAGCAGCUCCAACUCAUCAGUAAUCGCUAUCUCAGAGGAUGAAGACAACUCUACAGGGUUAAACCACCCAGAAGACUCCACAUCCGCUUUGAGCCUCUCGUUGUGGGAUGAUGAGACACCUGGGCCAUCGUAUUCUACAACAGCAGAGCAGAGCAGGACAGAGCGUCUGUCAGUCUUGGACUCAGACUCUGACAGUAGUUUGGAAGAAGAGACACAAGAGUUUGGGAUUUCCCCAGAGCAAAUGAGUCCUCAUAACCAAACAGACCUGACUCAGGGCAAACGCAAUAAUGAAGAGUGUGUAUCUUCUGACAGUGAUGACUGUGUUAUCGUGGGUUUUGUUAAACCAACAGUAGAUCGGACUCCUGAGGUGGUUCAGCUUUCCUCUGACUCUGAGUGGUCUGUCGAUGACGAUACUCAUGAAGUGCCUCUUCAGCCUCAACACAUUCGCUUCACCAGUUGCAGUCCUGCAACUUUACAUAGCAGUGAUCGCAGUGGGGCUGGACUAUCAGAAAAUGUAGACACAGAUGAUCGUCACCACUCAAGUUCAAAAGAAAGGUCAAGCAAGACGUAUAAGAAGUCAGACAGAAAAGGUCAGGGUAGAAGAUUUGACAGCAAAGAGAGAUCUAAGGAGAGGCACAAAUCAAAGGACAGACACUAUAGGAGGAAGAGGAGGUCAAGAAGUAAAGAGCGGAGGCACUCUAGCAGAAGCCCGGUGAUCUCCCACAGCAGUGUCAGCACUUAUUCCACUGAAAAAAGUUAUUCUUACUCCAAUGGCAGAGACUACCCCAAGUGUGACAGAUAUAAAAGGGACAGUGAUUACACCUACCAGUCAUAUAGCCAUUACAGCCAAGAGAGAAAUGAUAGCGGGCUCCAUUACACACAGAGGCACUCGUACUAUUACAGCAGCCGCAGAUGCUCAGUUUUCCGCUCCCGCUCCAGUAGCCGCGGCAAGGACUUGCGGAGACGGGACAGGAGGCGCUCUCGAUCCAGGACUUAUUCCAGCAGCCGCUCCCCUUCUGCCAGAAGGAAAUCUCAUCAUGACAAGCCUGGUGGGAAGAGGAAGUACAAAAGAAGACAUUUAGAGGACCCCUCCAGUACCACAGCAUUUAACUCCUAUGCAGAUGGUGACUCCUCUGCAUUAAGAAAACACAAGAAAAAAAGCAAAGAGAAGCACCGUAAAAAAUCCAAAGAGAAGUCUAGAAAGACCAGCAGGAGUCUCAGUGUGGAGCUCCUCAAUGAGGAAAAGGCACAUGAGCGGGGCAGGCAUCACCAUAAAAAGAAAAAGAAACACAAGAAGAAAAGCAAAAGGCACAAGAGUAGCGAACGCACAGAGAAGCGUUCACCCACUAUCAUUACCAUUGAUAGUGACAGCGAUUCUUUUGCUAAUGACAGUAUCACUCAGGCCACUAAUGCUAAUAAUGAUAAGCCCGCAGACGAUAGGACAGAUGACACAGUAGACACUACCCCUGCAGAUGCACUGUUGUAAUCCUAUUUCAGAUUUUUACCCUCAGCUGCUGCCACCUGCCACCAUUUUUCUUUUAUCACAACAGUGUUCAGUAUUGUGAAAGCACAUAUCACAUUUUUGCUACAGUGAUAUUUCAUUGGACACUGACAAAAUGAUGGUAUGAUGUAUGCAUAAUAAAAGAGAUGACCUUUUUAGACCUCCAUGGCCUGAUUUAAAACAAUGCUUUUAUAUGUGCUACUAUGUGUAAGACAAAUGGAAUAAUAUUGGGAGUGUCAGAUUUUUUUUUGUUGUUGUUUUGUUUUUUAAGAGUCAAUUCUUACUCUUGUAUUAUGUGCUGAGGGUCUCUCAGGGUUAAUGCUGAUUACAAGUUGUGCUGCCAUCAGUCGGCUAUAAUCUGGAGACAAAAGAAUAUAGUGUUUUGAUUUCAAAAUAACUUCAUUUGUAUUGAAUUUUAUUUCUAAAUAAAUUGUAAAGUUUCAUUAUGUGUCAGAGAAAAUGAACAUAAGUACAGUCACAGUAUUUUCCUCCCCUUUUUAUUGUAUUAUGUUACAGCCUCAAACUCAAGCAAACAAUGUAAAACAUGACAGGUCCAAGAUGUGAAUGGAGAAUGUACGUUAAAAGUACAUUAUAUUUAUAGAAAAAAAUUGUGGUAAAAUGUUUGUAAUGAAUCUGAAAACAUGCCGUAAACCACAGAAAAUGAUAACAAUUAAAACCUUUAUGAAGGUACUUAAGCUUUGUGUUAUUUUAAAGGGUUGUAAAAUAAUGCAAAGCAGAAAUAAAGUAUUCAAACAAAAGAUCCCUAUA